ACCAAGAAAAGAAAGAGGUAGUCUAGUUUAGCAUGAAAGCCCAUAAGUAGAAGUAGCACUUGAGGCGGUGGCUUACGUAGAGAGUAGAGAGGCAAGGAGGAAACAUGUCUAAUUUGAAUGACACAAGUUUAUUUAAUUAAUUUGUAAUGGUGUUUGUGUUUGAAUAUAAAUAUAAAUAUAAAAUAAUAAAUGAUUAGAAGCACAUGUGCAUAUAUAUAGUAUAUAGUUGGCGUGGGUGGAAACUGGAAAGGAAGGAAAAAAUAGAAGCAAAAGAGAGAUGAAAGAUGAAAGAUGAAGCAAAUGAAGAAGGCAAUAGUGGUGCUGGUUCCUUAUCCGGCACAGGGACAUGUGAGUCCCAUGCAAAAGCUGGCAUGGGGCUUUGUGGGGCAUGGAUUUGAGGCUGUGAUUGUGGUUCCUCAGUUUCUUGAGCGGCAGAUAAGGGUUGAGGUGUCGGGGGAGUGGAAGAAGGAUGAGGUGAAGUGGGUUGGUCUGGCAGAUGGAGUGGAGGCCCAGGAGGAGGAGGGGAGAAGCCCAGAUUUCUUUGGCAUUGAGUCGGCCAUGGAGAAGAGCAUGCCAUCUCAGCUGGAAGGCCUGCUAAGCAAGCUUGGAGAGGAAGGUCACGUGGCUUGCUUGGUCGUUGACUUAUUGGCAUCUUGGGCCUUGCAAGUUGCCGAUUCCUGUGCCAUCCCUUCUGCUGCCUUUUGGCCCGCCAUGUUCGCUUCUUACCUCUUCAUUCAAGCCAUUCCUCACAUGCUCUCCCGUCGCCUCAUUUCUCAUUCCGGACUUCCACAACAUGAGGGAAAAUUUUGCCUUGAACCUGAGUUGCCAGUGAUCUCAACCGAAGAUUUGCCGUGGCUUGUUGGAAACGAUGCCGCAAAGAAAGCAAGGUUCAAAUUUUGGAAAAGAACUUUGGAGAGAUCAAAAAGCCUGAAAUGGCUCCUGGUGAAUUCGUUUCCCGAUGAAAGCAAACUAGAGCAUCCAACUAAAGUAGCAAACAAGUUCAGUUCACAUUCACAGGGUUGUCCACGUGUGUUACCAAUAGGCCCUAUUUGUAUGCAUCGGGUUACAAAAUGUGUGAGCUUUUGGGAGGAAGAUUUGAGCUGCUUAAGGUGGCUGGCAAAGCAGAAGGCUAACUCGGUAGUUUACAUAUCAUUCGGAAGUUGGGUGAGUCCAGUUGGGGAAGCAAAGUUGAAAAGUCUAGCACUCGCACUUGAGGCUUCAGAGAGGCCUUUCCUUUGGGUUUUGAGGUCCACUUGGCGUGAAGGCUUACCACAUGGAUUUUUGGAAAGGGUUGUGAAGAAAGAUCGUGGCAGAAUCGUUUCAUGGGCACCCCAAAAUCAGAUUCUGCAACAUAGCUCUGUGGCAUGCUAUAUCACACACUGUGGUUGGAACUCCAUAUUGGAGGCUUUACAGUUCCAAAAGAAAUUGUUGUGCUACCCUGUGGCAGGGGAUCAGUUUGUGAACUGUGCCUAUGUUGUUCAGGUUUGGAAAGUGGGUUUAAGACUCAAUGAGCUUGAAGCAAAGGACGUUGAAGAAGGACUUGUAAGGGUGAUAGAAGAUAAAGAGAUGGAUACACGGUUAAGGAAAUUGCAUGAAAGAAUUAUGGGGGUGAAAGGCGGUAAUAAUACGACGGGAGCUUUCAUGUUGAAAAUGUUUGUGGAAGAUCUCAAGAAGGGACGUAAGUCUUCUUCAAGACCCUAACUGAAAUAACGAUUACUCCUCGGCUACAGACUUCUAAUGUCUUAUCUUUGUUGGGAACCAGUUUAAGGAUGAACGCACUUUUGUAUAUUAUAAAUUAUAAUAUUCAGAAGGAAUCAACAUUCCAUCUUGUCCUUUGCCUCUGCCACUAGAGUGGCCAUGUCUAGUUCACUUCAAUCCAUGUAUAUUUUUAUUUGGGUUAUAAUAAUGACAAUAGUUCCCCUUUAUGUGUAUUACAAGAAAUUGCAAUUUGUCUCUGUUAGUA